GUCCAGGCUAAACUGUCUAGCUAUACCUAGGUAGUUAGGUUAGGCUGUCUCUUCAUAUUAGAUGGUCAAGUCAUAGUAUUAGGUUGCCUUAUUUAAGCUGAUGAUACCUAUUGUAGAUAUUUUGCUUUGUGAAACCAUCAAAUAGGUAGGUAGGUAUGCUGAUACAUUUUCAGCAAGUAGGGGGGAGUGGGUGAGAGACCAUCCAUGAAGCAAAUACAGAAAAUAGAAACAAGUAGUUGACUCAUGAAAGAAUGAAAAAGUUUUUAGCUAGGUCUUAGUUUGCUCAUGGGGAUUGAUAAGGAUGCAGAAUAUCAAGGAUUUUUGGAGUACUUUUCGUUCAACUCGAAUUCCUUUAUAUGGAGAAACCAUGCCACCAGAUGAAUAUCUUCUUAUUAGUCUCUUUCUUCAUAUGAAUGAUAAUUAUACCUUGAAUAAGCCGAGAGGUGACUCACAGUAUGACCCCUGGUUUCGAGUACGCCCUCUUCAAAUUCCUGUAAUAAAUUAUUCCAUAAACAUUACAAUCUUCAGCAGACUACCUAGUAUUUUCUUUGAUGAAAGCAUGAUUGGUAUGCAUAAUAGGUGUGCAUUCAUACAAUAUAUGCCCAAAAAGUGGCACUGUAGUUAUGGGAUAAAAUAGUUUUAACUCUAUGAAGCUUCCACUGGUUAUGGUUACCUUAUUGAUUUAUAUUCAGGAUGUGAUAUUUAUGCUACUGGAAGUCGGCAAGGCUUUACUCGUACAGUAGUAAUGAAUAUAAUGGAGAAGAGCAAGCUUCUUAAAGACAAAGGUUACCACCUAAUUACUGACAACUUUUAUACAAAGAUUCCUCUGGCAGUAGCCCUACUAACACAAAAGACAUCACUCACAGGAACAAUAAAGAUUAAUUCUAAAUUUUUGCCUCACAUUUUGGUCAAGCAGAAUAUCAGCACAGGUGAUACUGUCUUCGUGAGAAAAGGAAAGUUGCUUACAUGUGGUUUCAAACAAAAAGCAACUCGUAAGCCAGUUUACCUUUUGACAACAUAUGCUCAUGCUGAAAAUGUCACAUUACAGACAAGAUAUGGAGAUAAGGUCAAACCUAAAGUUACAAAUGACUAUAAUGUUGGUAUGGGAGGUGUUGACCUUUCAGACAAAAAAAACUUUAUCGUUAUGCUGCACAGAGGUCAACAAGGAGAUAUUGGAAGCAAAUUUAUAGUAAUCUUGUAGACAUUUCAGUUUUAAAUGCUUGUAUUUUUAUCAGCAAAAUACGUAUUGUUAUACCAUCCAGGUAAGAUGAUUUCCUUUGUGACAUUAUUGAAAGUCUGUCAGUCAUUCUUGAGUUGGUGAAUAUUCAGAACUAUACACUCAAGGUUACUUCACUUGAUAUGUUGAUGCAUAUUUUUUUUACUUUUUUACCAUGUUAGUUUUAUCAAAGAUAAAUUCUUUACAAAGUUAAUACUAAUAAAACAAAUAGGAAUAAUAAGUUUUGCAUUAAUUCAGCUUCAAUGCAAUUUUAUUUUUUUUCAAUUUCCAUUUCUGAUGAAUUUUCUUGUUACCCAAACUAUUUAACAAUGUAUACAAAAACAAAUAACUUAUUUAAAAAGUUCAUCUUCUUGUGGUUUCAAUGAUACCAAUGAUACUUUCAGGCGGAAAAUAGUAUUUUACAGUGUUUUUCUUUUAUCAUAAAUAUCAGUAACCUGUCGUGGGUUAAGGUUAGGAUCCAGGUUAAGCUGUAUUCAAGGUAGGCUGUCCGUUCAUAUUAGGUUGUCUGUUCAUAUAAUUCAAGAAAGGCUAUCUAGGCUAUUAAGGUUAGGCUGUUAAGGCUAUUUAGGAUAGGCGGUCUAUUAAUGUUAGGAUAUCUAUCCAGACUAAUCUGUCUAUUCAAGUAGGCUGUCCAUUUAGAUUAGGUUGUCUGUUCAAGCUAAUCUGUCUAGGUUAAUCAGGGUAGGGUGUCUAUUCAGAUUAGGUUGGCUAUUCAAGCUAGGCUGUCUAGGUUAAUCAGGUAAGGGUAUCUAUUCAAGUUAGGCUGUCUAUUCAUUUUAGUGUCUAUUCAGGCUCGACUAUUUAGGUUGAUCAGAUAAUAUGUCAGGCUCAAUUUCUGUGAUUUAUGUAGCACAGAAAUGUUUACAAGAAGCUGCUGCGGAUAUGAUGACAGUGAUGACUUUCACAACCAUGAAUAGAAGAUAAUAGUGACAUUGAGAGAGACCAGUGCAGAUGGAAAAUAAACAUAAGGUUUAUGAUGAUCUUUACUUCCAUUGAAAAAGAAAAAACAGUGAAGUCUCUAAAGAUGUAAGGAGCAUCGCCGAGGAUUCUGCGUUUUUUAAAUCUUGUGGUGAAGGUUAGAUGUUAUAAAUAAAUUACCUUAACUGUGGUGAAGGUUAAUGUUAUAAGUAAAUUACCAUAACCCCAAAAUUGAUAAUGAUAUUAAAGUCAUGUCUUACUGUAUAGUCCUUAGCAACACGCAUUUCUAGUUCCCUGUACUACAGUACAAUUCAGUACAGAGGUAUAUGAAAUGUUUUCAUCAGAAAUGAAGUAUUCUUAUAAAAUGGAAAUAUUAUCCGGCAUUUGUAAUAGUACAUUUUUUGUGUAUAAUUCUUCAUUUGACAGAUUUUCAGUAAGUUAUUAAUUGAAGCACUUUAUGCCAUUUUUGUUGAACACUUAAAUUGUUUUAGUUAGAUCCUUACUGUGUGAAGGGUUAAAAAAAAUAGCAAAGUGCCAUCAACUUUUAAAAUUGGAAUGUUUUGUACAGAUAAGUGGCAUUUGUAUCGACAAAAACUGUAAAAAGGUAUGACCUUUGUAGUAUUUGAGAACAGAACUGGACAGCAUGAAGUAAAUGUACAGGUUUAUGUUUUUUGAGUCCUGUUGUAUGUGUUUAAUGGUUUGAAGUUUAAGGGAUUGAUUGUUUUUAGAGUUUGUAGAGUUGGGAAAGCAAUAAAAGGGACACUAAAUUUUAGUGGACACAAAAUUCAAAAUGAAUCCAGAAAUUUCCAUAGAAUUUCCUUUCAAAAGUGAAAUUGAAGAGCCAUCGUCACCUCAAACCAGUCAUGAAAGCAAGUGUAUGGUUGGUUGUACUCCAACAGUUAGUGAUGGCUGCAUAGACAUCAAGAUAGAGCCAGAAGUAUCCAGCUCCCCAUGCAAAGUUUUCUCAGGAGUGCAUGAGGAACACUCACUAACUAGCAGAAAGGAAGCCAGCGAAGAAGGAAGUGUAAAUGUAUGGAUAGGUGUUCAAGAUGAAUGUAACUUACAUUUAGCAUCAUGUAGGAAAGAGAAAGACAUACUAUUUGAAAAUCCACAGAAAAUUCAAAGGGAAAAAGAAGGUAUAAGUGAGAAUAGAAAUUCACAGGAGGUUCUUGAGAAUCAUGCAAUCCAUAGUAAAGAGAAACCAUAUAUAUGCACUGAUUGUGGGAAAAGGUUUUCUCAGAAAAUUCAUCUUGCAUAUCAUAUGAGGAUCCAUACUGGUGAAAAGCCUUUCAAAUGUGAAGAGUGUGGGAAAGCAUUCUCACAAAAAAUUCAUCUUACAAAUCAUAUGAGAGUUCACAGUGGAGAGAAGCCGUUCGGAUGCAGUGAAUGCGGGAAAGCCUUCUCUAGGAAGUUUUUGCUUAAGACUCAUAUGGAGGGUCACAAUGAAGAAAAGUCCUUCUGUUGCUCAGAAUGUGGGAAAACAUUUUCUCAGGAAUUAAAGCUUGUAAAUCAUGUUAGGAUUCACACUAAGGAGAAGCCAUUCAGAUGCAAUGAAUGUGGGAAAACCUUUUCUCAGGAAGGUUAUCUUUGGCGUCAUGUGAAUAAUCACACUAUAGAGAGGCUGUUCAGGUGCAGUGAAUGUGGGAAAGCAUUUUCUCGGAAAAGUUCUCUGAGGAGUCAUAUGAAUACUCACACUGGAGAGAAGCCAUUUAGCUGCAGUAAAUGCAGAAAAUCCUUUUCUCAGAAAAGUGUUCUCAACAGACAUAUGACGGGUCACACUGGAGUGAAGUCUUUUAUUUGCUCUGAAUGUGGGAGUGCAUUUUCCCUGGAGACUCAGCUCACAAAUCAUAUGAGAAUUCACAGUGGAGAGAAGCCAUUCACAUGCAGUGAAUGUGGUAAAGCGUUUUCUUGGAAAAGUUCUCUUUCUAGCCAUAUGACCAGUCACACUGGAGACAAGCCAUUUAGGUGCAAUGAGUGUGGGAAAGUCUUUUCUUCCAAAAGUUCUCUUAGAUGUCAUAUAAAUAGUCACACUGGAGAGAAACCGUUUAGAUGCAGUGAAUGCGGAAAAACCUUUUCACAGAAGAGUUUCCUCAGGAGGCAUUUGAAUAGUCAUGCUGGAGUGAAAUCUUUCAGUUGCUCUGAAUGUGGGAAAGCAUUUACUCAGAAAAGUACCCUUAUAGAUCAUAUGAGUAGUCACACUGGUGAGAUCUCAUUCAGAUGUAAUGAAUGUGGCAAAGGCUUUUCUUGGAGAAGUUCUUUUAGGAAACAUAUGAAUACCUGCAGUCACACCAGGUAGAAGACUUUCUGUUGCUCUGGAUGUGAGUAAACAUUUUGUAAGAGAAUUCAUCUUACCAAUCAUUUAUGAAGAUUCAGACUGGAGAGCAGCCAUUCAGAUGUAACAGUUGUGUGAAAGCAUUUUCACUGAAAUUUACUGGAAAUUGUCACACAAAAGAAAAGCAGUUCAUUUACUUGGCAUGUGAGGAAUAUACUUUUCUUCAAAAAUCUUUCUUGUAGAUCAUCUAAGGACUCACACUUGUGAGAUGCCAUUUAGAUGUCGUGAAUUUACUCAGGAAACUUGCAUAGCAAAAUGGAGGGACAGAGUUCAGUUGUAACAAACGUGAGUCUUCUCAGAAGUAUAAUCUUUUAAGUCAUAUCAUUCAAGUAGUCAUAACUCCUGCCCAACCAGGAACCUUUACCCACGGGUGCUUACAGACCACUAAAGCAAGGCAUCCCCCUUCCCACAGGACUUCCUUAUCCUUGGAAGCACAAGGAAUACUACUAGGGCAAGAGGAAUGGGAGGAUAUUUACUCAGAUAAUUAUAGGUAUAGAUCAUACUGAGAUUCACAGUAAUGACUAGCCUUUCAGAUGCAAUUAAUGCAGGAACGCAUUUUAUCUGGAAAUAAUCUCAGACUUCAUGGAUGUCAUUGGAGAAAAGUCUUCCAGAUGCAUAGUAAGGGGAAACCUAUUCUUAGAAAAAUGACUGGUCAAAACAUACGAGGCUUCACAUAGAGAGGAACCAUUCAGCUGUAGUUUUGGGAAAACUAUAGUGGUCUCAGAGCUUGCAACAGUUCACAUAUGCAAAUAAAUAAAAAGAAGUGAUUGUCGUUAAAGAAACUUAGAACUAAGAGGGAAAAGCACCAUUCCAUGGUGAUUUGAUAGGCAAAAAGUCUUUUAGAGAAGCACUUUGUAGAAGAGAGUAUCUGCAAAAGUAUGAAAAGUAUUAUGUAUUAUGGAAUAUUGCUAGUAAAUUAUUUAAGUUUCUCAAAUCAUACUUCUCAGAAAAUUUUGGCAUUAAGACAGAACAACCACAAGAAUUUAUAUACUAGCUGUGCCAUGUAUGAAGAGGAACAUUGUUUAAAUUAAUGCAUCUCAGAAGAGACAUCUUAGAGAACAGAAGCCAGCUCUCACAUGGUGCAUGAAAAUUUACUGGGGUGAUAUGAAGUUACCUAUACAUAGUAUGGAACACUUUCAUUUUCGUGCACAAAGUAAAUCUCAUAUCAGAAUAAGCUAAGUAAUAUUUUCAUAAUGAGGGAAUUUGUUAUAGAGUAUUUAGGAUCUGUUAUAGUUACCGUCUUGAUUUAGUUUAGUUUUGCUUGCUUGUUUUGUUAUCAUUGUUAUAGUAUGUUAACAUUUUUGUUUUUGUUUAUGCUACUGUCUUGUUGAUUUUUCACAGAAUAACAUGAUGUGUUUAUGUUGAGACACUGUAUUAUCUUAACAUGUUUAAAUGUUUAUGUAUUUUA